UUUGGCAGGCAUAAUGCCUGGCAAACUUGACAUUCUGAGUGAUAACCAGGGGCGGACUGACCAUUUGCAAACUCGGGCACUGCCCGAGGGCCCGGGGUCAGUAGGGGGCCCCAUGAGAUGCCCCUGGACCUUUUUCAUAGGCUUUUUUGAGUUUGGGAAAGGACACAGGGGCCCCAUGAUCCCCUAUUGCCCAGGGGCCCCAUGAGUUGUCAGUCCGCCCCUGGUGAUAACUGGCACACAGCAAGCUCAUUAGUCUUAACUGCCCCAUUUGACAGUAAGGGGGCCCCAUGAGAUGCCUCUGGUACCUUUUUCAUAGGUUUUUUUGCGUUUGGGCAAAGACACAGGGGCCCCAUGAUCCCCUAUUGCCUGGGGGCCCCAU